AUGAAGAAGUUACUUGUGUUUAUCUUCAUUUUGGUCAUCCUGACUGUUUUUACAGAUACUUCACCAAUUUUGACUGAAAAAGAAGCUAAACAGAUUCUGAGAACCCGUCGUGAAGAUAGACCAAGAAAAGCUGGUUUCCCUGAUGAGCCAAUGAGGGAACACAUGCUUUACCUCCAGCGCUUGGAGCAGAGAUCAGAAGAACAAUUCCUUGAGCAUUGGUUAAAUCCACACUGCUACCCGCAUUGCAACAGGAAUUUAGUUCAUCCAGUCUAA